AUGAGCGGCAGGGGCAAAACCGGUGGCAAAACUAGGGCUAAGGCCAAGACUCGUUCUUCCAGGGCUGGCUUGCAGUUCCCUGUUGGCCGUGUCCACAGGCUGCUUCGUAAAGGUAACUACGCUGAGCGAGUUGGUGCUGGAGCUCCAGUCUAUUUGGCUGCUGUGCUCGAGUAUCUCACUGCUGAAAUCCUGGAGUUGGCUGGUAACGCUGCCCGCGACAACAAG